CAAUCAACACCGGCCGAAACACGUGUCUCUUUUUGCAAAUUUCUCCCGUCACGUGACCUUGACUCGAGCCGGGUCCGAGUGGUGUUUUUUUCCAGUGGUUCGGCUGGUGCGGUACGACCAUUCUAGCACAACCAUUCGUCGAGUGAAGAAGUGUUAACAUGACGUCAGAGACCAAGGGUAGUUCUGCUCUCCAAUACAUCGCGGCGCUUUCGGGCACCCUCGCUGUCAUCUGCGAUGGCAUGCACUGCGGCUGGGCCUCCCCCAGCGUCCCCCAGCUCACCAACAACGAAACCUGCACCCUCUGCAUCGACGAAAACGAGGGCUCCACCCUGGCCGUCAUGCCCCUCAUCGGCUCCAUCGCCGGCUCGCUCACCGCCGCCACCAUCGUCGACAUCUUCGGCCGCAAGCACACCAUGCUGGCCACCGCCGUCCCCUUCUUCGUGGGCUGGAUCAUGGUGGCCUUCUGCCAGAACGUCAUCCUCUUGUACAUAGCCCGCUUCAUCGCCGGCGCCUCCGGAGGCAUCACCUUCACCGUUCUACCUAUGUACAUCGGCGAAAUCGCCGACCCCAAAGUCAGAGGACUGCUCGGAUCCAGCUGCUCCGUCAACUGGAUCGCCGGCUUCCUCCUAAUCAAUGUGAUAGGAUCGUACUUCAGUAUUAAAACCACUGCGUUAAUCUCUUCCAUAGUACCUGCGUUGUUGUUCGUCACGUUCUUCUGGAUGCCGGAAAGUCCGUACUAUUUGUUGAUGAAGGACAAGACGGAGCAGGCGCGGAAGAGUUUGGAAAGACUGAAAGGUAGCAAGAAGGUGGACGAAGACUUGAAUCGGAUGAGGAACGCCAUCCAGGCGGAGAAGAAGUCACGGAAUGGCAAAUUCGCGGAUUUGUACCGACUGGCGAGUAACAGGAAGGCUGUGUUUAUUGUUUUGGGUCUUCGGGGCUUCCAGCAGCUCGCUGGUACCACCGCUAUAGCGUUCUACACACACGAGAUCUUCACAGCUGCGGGAGAUCACAUCUCGAACCACUACGCCGUGAUGAUCUACUAUGCGGUGCAGUUGGUACUGACGAUCAUUUCUUCGAGUAUUGUUGACAAGGCCGGACGCAGGCCGCUGUUGCUCAUCUCUAUGGCAGGGUCAGCUUUGGCCCUCUUCGUCGAAGGUACUUACUUCUACAUCUUGAACGAAACCUCCAUAGACACCAGCUCGUUCUCGAUAGUUGCUGUGAUAGGUCUUAUUUCUUUUGUGAUAAUGUUUGGAGUAGGAAUGCAGUCGAUUCCGAUUUGUAUGUUAGGGGAGUUGUUCCCCACGAACGUGAAAGCGUUUGCCUUGUGUUUGGCAGAUGUGUACUUUUGUGUGAUGGCAACCGUCGCGUCAAAGUAUCUACAGAUCACGAAAGUGGAGUUUGGGUUACACGUUUCGUUCUAUGGAUUCUGCGUGUGUUCAGUCAUAGGGUUAGUUUUUAUUUAUUUCGUUGUACCGGAGACCAAGGGGAAAACGUUAGAGGAUAUCCAGAAGAAACUAAGAGGGGAGAAGGAAGAGAGGACGGAGAAAGGGACUGACGAAGAGAAGAUUAGUUUGAAGGCUUAAAUUUAAAGACAUGUAUUAAGUGUAGGAUUUUAUUGUGUUGAUUAAAUUUUUAAGAAUUUUUAAA